AUGGGAGGACACGGCGAUGGCACAACCUACAAAGGUGUUACCAUUCAUCACCCAAAGCGAUGGCACACCGUCACCGGCAAGGGUUUGUGUGCAGUCAUGUGGUUUUGGGUAUUUUACAGGGCAAAGCAAGAUGCUCCUGUUGUAUUGGGCUGGAGGCACCCUUGGGAGGGUCAUCAUGAUGAUCAUGGCAAGGGCCAUUAG